AACAUCAAACCUAGUUACCAAACACAAACCCUCCUCACUUUCCACUCCCGCCGUCCACAAAAUCCCGGCGACUCUUCCGACCAACUUCCCGGCGAGCACUACUUCUAUCAUCAAUGAUGACACCACCAUGAAAAACAAUCAUUCAUCAUGUCAGCUAUCCUAUCCUACGCCGAUGACUUGUUCUCCGACUUGCUCUGCGGCGAGGACUCCGGUACCUUAUCGGAGGACUUGCCGGAGUGCUCGUCGGAUAUCGAAUUUCUGGCCGAUUUUGAGGAAUCUAUUGCCGGAUUAAUCGCAGAUGAGAGAAAAUUUGUCCCGGGUAUUGAUUACGUCGAGAGGAUUCGGUCUCAAUCAGUGGAGACAUGUGCGCGUGAGGAUUCCAUUGCAUGGAUUCUCAAGGUGCAGCGUUACUACGGCCUGCAUCCGCUAACGGCGUAUCUUUCCGUCAACUACAUGGAUCGGUUCCUCUACUCUAACCAUCACUUGCCGGCGCAAACAAAUGGAUGGCCAUUGCAACUUUUAUCAGUGGCUUGCUUGUCAUUAGCUGCUAAAAUGGAGGAAUCUCUGGUUCCUUCUCUCCUGGAUAUUCAGGUUGAAGAUGCAAAAUAUGUUUUUGAACCGAAAACAAUCAGAAGGAUGGAGUUUCUUGUAUUGGGCGUACUAGAUUGGCGGCUGAAAUCUGUUACACCGUUUAGCUUCCUCAGCUUCUUCGCUUACAAACUUGAUCCUCAAGGAACUUAUACACUCUUCCUCAUCUCCAAGGCCACUGAAAUUAUUUUAUCCAAUAUUCAAGAAGCCAGUUUUCUGGAGUUCAGGCCAUCAUGCAUAGCUGCCGCGACAAUUCUUUGUGCAGCCAACGAUAUUCCAAACUUGUCUCCUAUAAAUGCAGACCAUGCCGAAUCGUGGUGCGAUGGACUAAGAAAAGACAAGAUAAUCAGCUGUUACAGGCUAAUUAUGCAAGGAGUCGGAGUUGAUAAAAAAACAAAGAAGAGAUCAAAGCCACUGCCACAAGCCCGAGUCGCGGCUCGGGUCGCGGCUCGGGCUUGUGUAGGGUCCUCGUCUUCAUCCUCGUCCUCUUCUUCAUCUUCAUCUUCUUUAUCUUCUAAAAGGAGGAGAUUGAAUAACAGCUUGUGGGCAGAUGAUGACAGAGGAAGCUGUGAUUAAGGUGGUAGAAAAGGAGAAAGCAAAGCAACAUAUGAAUAAGAAUAAGCAUAUAAAAAUAAAAGAAAGAAGAUGGAAGAGACCUCGUGGUGGUCCAACAUGUCUACCAAUAUUUAUAUUUAUUGUGGGCUUGAAAAAAGAAAAAAAAAAAAGAAUUU